AAAUAUUUAAAAUCAUAAUACAAAAUGGAAUCUGACGUACCUGAGAGUUAUAAUAAAGAUGAGAUAGUAUGGGCAAAAAUAAGAGGAUGUAAGUGGUAUAAAUAAUUUUAGACCCUUGGUGGCCUGGGAUCAUAGCUGAAGUGAUAAAAGAUAAAUAGUCAUCAGAACCUACAAAAUAUCUUGUUAAUUUCAUAGGAGAUAACUCACAGUAUGAUUAACCUUUGAAUAGAAGUUCCACAUUACCUUUUUAAAGUCUUGCCAAAUACUAGGAGAAGUAUGAUGAGAUAGUACCUAAAAUUAAAACAAAGUAACAUAAAGAUUCAGUAAAUGCAGCAGAUUAAAUUUUGAAGGGAUAAUCAUCAUAUGAAAGUAUUUAAAUUCUGAUGUAUAAGAUGAAUCAAAAAAAAUAUCAAAGAAGAAGAAUAAACGAAAGAGAACAAGAUCAUCAUCAAGUGAAGAACAUAGUGGUAUAUAUGGAUCAUCUAGAAAAUCAAAGAUGGAUUCAGAGGAUAUCACUAAACCUGAUAAUUUUAGUUAAGAGAUUUAAGAAUUAUUGAAAUUAAUAACUGAAACUAAAUUGAAUCCUCUUUAAAUUGAAACUAAAAUAUCAAGUGUAUAAUAAAUAUUAUAAUAAUAAUAGCUAUUAUAAAUAGUUGAAUUAGAUAGACCAGAUAUAAUGGAAAUUUUAUAAGGACCGAAUGGAAAAUCAUUAAUGUAAAUAUAGGCAAGAUUAACUGAUAAAAAGAAUCUAUCUAGAGCAUAACUAGAUUUUACAUAGCUACUUGAGAAAUUGAAAUCAAUUGUAUUGAGAACGGUAAUGCAGAAAUGAAAAAUCUAGGUUUUUACAGUAUUUUGACCCAACCGAAAUCAUCCAGUAACUUCAUUAAGUUUCAGGUUAGAAGAAGAUCACCUAAAAAUUGUUAGAAAAAUUAUAAAAUUAACCAAACUUUAUUUUAGAUUGUAAUUUUAUAAUUAAAUUUUAAUAGCUGAAGAUGAUAGUGAUGAAUCUGAUUCAGAAGAGAGUGAUGGUGAGAGUGAAGAAGAAGAAUCAAGUGAGGAAUCAGAGAAAAAGGGAAAAUAUUAAAGAUAAAUUCCUAUAGCUAAACCAAUAAUUAGAAAAAAAUAUACUUAAAUUUAAUCACCUAAAAAAGCAAGAAAAUAAAGUUAAGAUAUUCCAAAUCCUUUAUAAAAAAACAGAGUAGUUUAAAAAAUAUCUGAGACAAUAUCUGAAUAUACUGAUUAAAGUAUUCCAAAAAGAAUCAGUGAGGAUAUUGAAAGUAGGAUUAGAUCAUGUGAUUCAAAUAUGGGAUUUGUAUAUAAGAAAAAAUAUCGUACAAUUCUCGAUAAUAUUAAAGUAUGAUUAUUUAUUAUAAUAACAAUAGAAAUCCUCAAAGCAAGAAUUAAUCAACUUAUUAGGAGGAAGUUCUAAUUCAGAAUAGUUAUGGAGUAUAUAUAAAUAAUAUUUAUUUAGAUUAUUUGAAUGGUCAUUUUUAGAAUAUGAAUUAAAGUGGAAACAAAUAAAAUGAUUAUGAAUAAUAAUAUUAAUGA